AUGGACUCUUUGGAUACAUAUUUUCUUAGAGAUGCUAUGGAGCAAGUCCGUAUGAUUCAGUAUAGACUGUUGACAACCCAGAGUCGACAGAAAAGUUAUGCAGAUCGGAGAGUUAGAGCCUUAGAGUUUAUGGAGGGCGAUCAAGUUUGGCUUAGAGUGUCACCCAUGAAGGGUGUGAUACGGAACGGAAAAAAGGGCAAGCUUAGCCCUAGAUUCAUUGGACCUUUUGAGAUUUUGAGCCGAGUGGGAGAAGUGGCUGAUAAGUUAGCCUUACCACCUAGUUUAUCUGCAGUUCAUCCUGUUUUCCAUGUCUCUAUGCUUCGGAAGUAUAUUCCGGAUGAAUCUCACGUGCUUUCACCCAAUUCUAUGGAGAUGGGUCUGGACUUGAUGUUUGUGGAGGAGCCUAUAGCUAUAUUGGAUAGGCAGUUUCGAAAGCUUAUGACCAAGGAGAUUGCUUCAGUGAAGGUGCAGUGGAAGCACCGAUCAGUGGGAAAGGCAACUUGGGAGACAGAGUCUGACAUGCGUGCCAUAUAUCCUAAGCUUUUUGAAGCUCUAGAUUGCAUUGAUUUGGAAGCUCAACGGAAGGGAAAGACUCAAGUCUUGGAGUGA